UCCACACUUCAAACCAACAUGGCGACCGAUACCAAAACAGCCAUUGUGCCCUCUAAGCGGGCUAACACCGAUUACCCGUUGAUCGAUUCCGACCCGCAUUUGAAGCGAGUGUUCGGAUAUGCCCGGCCUUCCGACUGGGCCGUGGCUGGCGGUAUGGCCUCAGCUGCUCCCAUCUCGUUCUGGAUCAUGGAGAGAGCUAGCCCGUCGCAUGUAGGCCGCGGUGGCUUCGCUCCUGUUAUGCGACUUGCUACAGCUGUUGGUCUGCUUGGUGGCCUUCAUGUCCUCUAUCAGCGAUCCUGCCAGCGCUUUUACGGCUUCACUGAGAAUGCUAGAGAGGUCGAAAUGGAUACUCGUGAGAUGGUCGACAAAGUCAAGAAGGGCGAGCCUCUGUACGGUAAAUCCCAAAUGUCGUCUUAUCUACAAGGCGUAGCCGCCCGCAACUCGCGGUACUCAGAACUUUUCAUCCACGUUGUCCCAUGGUUCAACUUUGUCAACCAUGAUCAACAUGGCGUGGACACUGCCAAAUACUACCAGCAGGCCGAGCGGGAAUUGGAGGCAGAGCGCACUGGCUCUUCAUGAACAUACACCAUCAGCUAGAAAGAAAAAAAGAAUGAUGGGCAGCCUUUCCGUUCAGUGUUGCAGAUUUGUACACAUAUCCGAUUUUGUGUGUGUUUUUGGGGGCGCAAUUGAUAUUCACAAUACAGAUUCCCGUUCUGGUCAACCUUGACGCUUAUUAUAUCUAUAUGGAGAUGCCGUUUGGAACUAAUGAUUCCCCAUUUGU